UUUUCUGCUUGCGCGGUUAACGAAGAAUGGAGAUCGUAAGUGUGGAAUUUUGCAGUAAGCAGUGCCGCCAUGAAAUUGGGCCCAGCUUUUUGCAAACGCCUUUGUCCGACAAACAACGGAGUAUGCAACUUGGAGGAUAAUGGGUGUGAAGGUCGUUUGGGGAUCAUGGAGAAUUCAGGCAGUGACCAUGUAAACAAGAGAAGUAACAUGCAUCAUUAUCUUGAACCAUCUCUUGAGCCUUUUGCUGACGGGAUUCCAGAUGGAGUGUGCACGUUCAGUGGUGGCUCCAUCAGGACAUUUGAUGGCCUUACAUACAACUACCCUCUCAGGUGUCGAAGCAUUAUGGCGUUCUUCAAAGCCGAAAAUCAGUUCACUGUGGACAUUGUUCCCAAGUAUGAGUGCAACGAUAUCAACCAUGAGUGCAAAAGCGCCGUAAACAUCACGAACAAUGUCAUGAUGGUGGAGUUCCUUCCUGGGAGUGUGGUUCAUUACAAUAACAGAGUUGUUAUUCCACCGUAUGGAAAUGAUGGCGUAAUGAUCUUCAAGAGAGGAACAGAAGUGGUCUUUGAAGCAGGAGACGAAACCCGGGUGCUCUUUGAUGGGAGCAACAGCGUAUCCAUCGCCGUAAAUCGAAUCUACCAAGCUGCUGAUGAGGUGCAUAGCCUUAAAGGCCUCUGUGGUAACUACGACAGUGACCCCAGAAAUGACCUUGAAGACCUGUCCGUGGCCGACGUGGCUGCCAAGUACAGGUUCCCGGAGGGCCAUUGCAAGCCGCAGGAUGCCAAGUACCUGAAUCCAUUCGAAAACCUCAGCGACCUGCAGCAACAGGAGGUUCUCCAAGCCUGCAACGAUUUCGCAGUUGACCCGAUCUUCAAAGACUGCAGGGACAAGCUGGUGAUAGAACCAUUCUACUCCUCAUGCUGGUUUUCACUGUCGCUUUGCAUACUGGAAGGCUCGCGUUGUGACAUUUGCAACAUCUAUGCCAAGUUAUCGAAGGCAUGUGCAAGACACGGUAUAGCAGUUGAAUGGAGGUCUGAGUCUUUCUGCCACAUUGAAUGUGAAAAUGGCAUGAAGUAUGUUGAGUGUGGUUCAGCAUGCCCCCGCACCUGCGAAACUCUGUUUUAUUCUGAUGACUGUCCUGAGCCGUGUGUUCCUGGAUGUCAGUGUCCUGAAGGCACAUUCCUGUUUGAGUCCCAGUGCAUUCCGAAGCAAAGUUGCCCUUGCCGCCAGGCAGAUGAAGACUUCCCAGCUGGUGCCAUUAUUAAAGAUGGAUGCAGGGACUGCGUUUGCUGGGAGGGUAUGCUCCACAACUGUACAACCCAUGCCUGCCCAGCAACCUGUUCCAUCUUGGGAGGCCACGCUUUCCGCACAUUUGACGACAGACUCUUCGACUUUGACGGCACUUGCGAGUACGUGUUGGCACAGAAUCAGAACAGGAAUGGCCCGCCCUUCAGCAUCUUCAUGGACAAGUCCAACUGCAGGGGCAAAAGUCUGGGCUGCGUUCCAUUUGUCAGCGUUGUGACUCCGGAUGGAACCACAUAUGGACUACAGGUGGAGGGCGCAGUGUUUGUAUCUAGAGCCAGUGGACCUACCCAGGAGUUGAAGCUACCAUACACAAAGGUGGCUGGCGACAGUAGUAUCACAGUCAGCCGGGUUUCAUCCCUAGUCACUCGCGUGGUGCUGCCACAGCUGGGCAUUGAGCUGUUGUGGAGUAGCGAUAACCGCAUCUAUCUCUCAGUGACAGAGAACAUGCUUGGCAAGAUCCAUGGCCUCUGUGGGUACUUCAACAGGGUUCUGAAUGAUGACUUCCAGCUGCCGUGUGGUUCCACGGUGGCUGUGGCCCAGAACUUUGUCGGCAGAUGGAUCUCCAACGCUCUCUGUAAGGAGAGAGAAACCAGGGACAGCUUCAGCUUCUGCGAAGCCGAGAACUCCUUUGAAAGAAGUGCCAAGGCGGCCUGCGAAUUGCUAAAGAUGGAACCGUUCCAACAGUGCAAUACCAAGGUAGACGUCACCAGAUACCUGAAGCAGUGCCUCUUGGACCGUUGCAAUAACUUUGAAGGUGGCGAGUGUGUGUCUUUCGCCGCGUACGCCUUGGAAUGCACCAAGAUGGGUGAGAUCAUUGACUGGAGAAGCUCAGAGCUGUGCCCCAUCGAAUGCCCCGACAAAAUGGUGUACAAAGAAUGCGGGUCCAUGUGCAGGAUGUCGUGUCGGGAUCUGGAGAAUGUUGAAUCUUGCCAAGAGCAGUGCGUCCAAGGUUGCCAAUGCCCUGAGAAAAUGGUGUACAGUGAUCAACUUGAUGGAUGCGUCUUGGAAUCCGAGUGUCACUGUCACUUCCAAGGAAAUGUUUACCAGCCCGGCAAAACAUGGAAGAGCGUUUGCAAUGCAUGUGUCUGCAAAAAUGGAAUUGUUGAGUGUACCAACAAAAUAUGUACAGCUGCUGAGGAGCAGUGCUCAGGCGGCAAGGUUUAUCUCGAUUGCCAGGAGUGUCAGCGGGAAUGCCGUAACAUCCACCUGGCUUGCAAUUCAAAGACCUGCACCCCAGGUUGUGCGUGUCCGGCAGGCACGGUUAUCACCGAUGAUGACACCUGCAUGCCCGAGGAACAGUGCCCUUGCUACGAAAAUGGGCAUAGCUACCGGCCAGGCGAAACGUUUAAAAGGGACUGCAAUUUAUGCAUGUGUACACCCGCCGGUAUUUUCUGCCACAACAGAGUUUGUCCCGCUACGUGCAGAGGAUAUGGAGAUCCACAUUACGUAACAUUUGAUGGAAAACAGUACGAGUUUCAAGGGGAAUGCAGCUAUGUGUUGUCCUCAAACAACUGCCCCUGGGGGUCACCCGGUCAUGUGAGCUUCACCGUCAUCGUGGAGAAUGUGCCCUGCGGCACCUCCAAGGUCACCUGCACCAAGUCCAUCACGUUCCUCCUCCUGGACGUAGAAAUUCGGCUAAUCCGAGGCGACAACCCACACAUAACCCCAGCACCGCCCACACCAACCAAGGCGGUGUACAGAAUCAAUUACAGUGGCAUAUUUCUCGUCAUCAACACGAAAUAUGGAAUCACGCUGCUGUGGGAUUUCGGCACUUCCAUUUAUGUCACCUUGGAUGGAAGCUACAAAGGGGAUGUUUGCGGCCUCUGCGGUGAUUUUGAUGGCAAUGCUAAGGAUGACUUCAGGUCGCGGCAAGGGGAAGUGGAGGCCAGCGCCAACAUUUUUGGCCACAGCUGGAAGACAGACCCCAGCUGCAAAAUCCCUCCAGACACAGUCCACCCCUGCGAGGAGCACCCGGAGAGACGAGACUGGGCCCAGUUUGCCUGCGGGAUUAUCUUGAAGCCUAUCUUUGCACCUUGUCACGAUUUGGUUGAUCCGACUACGUAUUACGAAAACUGCGUCUAUGACAGCUGUGGUUGUGACAGGGGUGGUGACUGUGAGUGUCUGUGCACCGCCAUCGGCAACUAUGCAGCUGUCUGCAAUUCAAUGAAUACACCUGUUAAAUGGCGAUCAGAUGGAAACUGCGGUAUGCAGUGUGACAAUGGCAUGACCUACCGGCCGUGCGGGGAAGUCUGCCCGGACGAAUGCUACGAAGAUCCAAGUGGUGCAAAGAAAAUAGGAUGUGAGGUCACAUGCGUGGAGGGUUGCCACUGCCCGGAGGGUUUUAAGCUGGUAGACGGCAAAUGCGUGGAUAGCGUCCUAUGCCCGUGCCUGUACAACGGUAAAGAGGUCGACCCCGGGUUUGUUAUCAUCAAAGAUUGCGAGCGUUGCGAGUGCACAGAUGGUGAAAUGGUGUGUACAGAAGUACCUUGCACAACACCAGUGACCCCAGUUUCUGUCACUCCGCCGUGCACCUGUCCUCCCGGUGAGAUUCCAUGUCGUGACUGCUCCAAAUGUGUGCCAUUAGUGGACGUAUGCGACAAAAAUAAUGACUGCGAUGAUGGUUCUGACGAAGACACCUGCGAAUGCGUCUACAGAGAUCACGUCUAUCCGAUUGACGUACCAUUUGAUGGUGAUGGUGCAUGUGAGAUUUGCAAAUGUCCAAAUGGCACCAUGAUACCGAUCUGUGAGAAAAUCUGCACUCUCACCUGUCCCCCUUACGAGAAGUUGUACCUGAACGAGGAUGAUCCAACAAAGUGCUGCGAAUGUGGACCAGUACUUGUACCCACCACACUACCAGUUCCCACAACAGGAACAACAACACCGGUCACAACUGGCACCCCUGGGGAAGUGUGCACCGACAACCUGGAUGAGUAUGACCGUGUUCAAGUCACUCGCUAUGCCUCAGAUGACCCGACACGGCCCAUCCAACCAGACGAAUGGUGGAGGCCCGCAUACCCACCCCAUUUUGAAUCACCGUACGUGGGCUCCUAUAUGGAGGUACGCUUUACGCCAGACACGCGGAUUACGUAUGUGGCCAUCACCAAUGACAUGGACAGCCAAAUCAACAUAAGGCUCAGCUUCAAGUACUCUCCCGAUGGGCAGCACUUCUCCACUAUUGAUACAGACGAGCUCGGAGCAAUUUUUAUUGGAAGGACAAAUGAAAAAAUUCCCCUGCCAGAUAACGUACCGUACAUGCUCAUCUUAAGGGUGUAUCUGGUAGUGGGUCAAGAGAGUCUACCACAAGGCAUGAAGUUCCAGAUAACACUGCACGGCUGUGAAUUGCCCAGAACCACAACACCAGGACCCACCAUUACACCUGUCUUUCCUAACACCACUCCAGAGGAGUGCAACGACGACCUUGACAUCUACAGCUCUGUGUCUGUUUUGCGAUUUGACUCGAUAUCGCAGACUGAGAUUUCACCUGACACCCCCUGGAGCCCCAUAAUCCACUCCACAGAAGGAAACCCUUACAGUGGGGCCGGCCUGGUGGUACUCUUCAGGCCUAAUAUCAGACUGGCCUCCUUUGUCAUCAGAAGUAUUGGCGGGAACUCCGACAAAGCAAAGGUGGCCAUCAAAGUGCUGUUAGCCUCAACGGACAAGUUCAGCCCUAUCAACUGGGAUGUUGGAGACCCUGUUCGAGAUUUCACUUUUGGAGAGAAGAUGUACUUACCGUCAGCUAUUGAAUACAUCACGGGAAUCAAGAUCCACAUUAUCACGUCUUACAAAAAUGAAAGCUACCUGUUCAAAUUCCUCGGAUGUGAGGAAAUGACAACUCCAGCAACCACGAUAGUUACCACCCCAGUAGCAACGACAACUCUUGAGCCUUGUUCCGAUGACCUGGAUGACUAUGAGCCCAUCAAAGUGUUUCGAAUCAACAGGGACAUCCCCUAUCCGAUCGACAAAGAUACUGGGUUUCGGCCAGUAAACCCCCCACUGGAUGAGGACAACCCUUACAAUGGAUCCCAUGUGUCAGUGAUUUUUGUACCCACAGCCGAAGUGACGUCUUUUGUGAUAACAGUUGACCGUGGGAGCCAAGCGGAAGUCACUCUGGCAUUUACAGUGAAGGAGAGUGACUCUUCAGAUGCUGUUCCUGUACACAACAAAAACGGCUCGCUGAUAUUCAAUGCUCCCUCGGGUGCUAAGGUUUCGUCUCCGAUCAACUUCCAAUAUGUUUACCAACUGGAUGUCUAUAUAAUCCAUCCUGACUAUGGCAGCGAAUUUCUCAUGACAUUCAACGGCUGCGAGUACAUCCCAUCAACACCAACGGUCACAGAACCCGUGACGGAAGUGUUAAACCAGACCCAGCCAAUGACGACGAGAGCCCCUUGCGUUCUGAACUGCUUUUGUAAAAAGGACUGUUACGGUAGCGUGACUUGUCUGCCAGAUUUUACACCAUGUCCUCAAAAGUGUUACUGUGAUAAUUAUGGCAAUAAACCGGAUUCCCUCGGCCGCUGCAUCAGUGAACCAACGGAUUGUACAACUACACCAUAUUUUCCCACGGCAACUACCCCAGCUUGUGAGUCUGGCUCAACCAUGUUUCCAGACGAAUGUCAGACAUGCGAGUGCAUUGACGAGAAGUAUGUGUGCCACAAAGACUGCCACAAGACCUGUGAAGAGGGUGAAACUCUUGUAGAAUAUGCCGAUCCAAAUAAGUGCUGCGAGUGCAUCAAAUGUGACGAUCCCUAUGACCACACUGAGGACCCCCAGUGCUGCACCAACGUCACUGAUUGCAAGGUCCCACCUGAGGACUCGGGAUCUGAGUACUGUAAUGCAUGCAAACCACCUCUGGUCUUCAAUGGCACCCACUGCGUGCCACCCACUGAGUGUCCUUGUAUCGACGAGGAUGGCUCCCACCAGAAUGGAGACGAAUGGCAGAAGAACUCCUGCACAAUGUGUGUCUGUCUGGACAGCAACAUCAUUUGCAACAAAACCUGUGACUUGACUUGCCGAAACGAGGAAACCCUGGAGCCUCCCGAUGACGAUCAUGAAUGUUGCUACUGCAAACCGUGCGUUGGAUGCUACUAUGAACCUCAAGAAAAAUGCUAUCCGGUGAAUUCUACGUGGAAUGACAGCUUAUGCAUUAAGUGUACCUGCAAAAGCCCACAUGAGAACAGCUACAUCCGGACAUGCAACAACAUCACGUGUCCUGAUCUUAUCUGCCCUCCGGGAUACGUUGAAGUACACGACGACAAUAAAUGCUGCCCUGAGUGCGUUCCUGAUUGUUAUGCAUACCCUUGCAACUCCCACGAAUGCAUCCCUAUAGAGUGGCUUUGCGACGGGGAUGAGGACUGCCCCAAUGGGAUUGAUGAAAGAAAUUGUGGAACAACCGCUCCUCCCUAUACCACGCCAAUGUUUACAACAGUUGAGGCAACAACAACUGUUCCAACUACAGCUGUUCCAACGACUCCCUUUCCAACAACAAUAGAGACAACCACAUUACCACCACAUUGUCCUGAUGGCCAGGAGGAAAGCGAUUGCUCGUACCUGUGUCGAAAACAAGCAUGUAAUGACGAAAGUUGUUACAGUACUAAAGUGGGCUCGGGCAGCAGCUCCGUGUGCUGUGAGUGCAUGAACAACACUGUGUUUAACGGCGUCGAAUGUGUCCCACCAGAAAAAUGCCCUUGCCGUGACGAGAAUGGAGAUCUGCACGAUCCAAACGAGGAAUGGCAGGGGAAUGGACAUUGUCAGAAGUGCAGAUGUGUAUCAAAUCAAAUUCUGUGCUAUACUGACACCACCUCUCCGGGAUGCGUGCCAACAACCUCACAGCCCACAACGCCAUUGCCUCCGGCCCCAACAACAACGUUCCGGACUACAAGUGUUUCCAUAACGACCGGUGAAGUGACCACUACAGAGGUCAUUUCCACCAUUACUCCAGCGUAUUGCUACGAUGACAUGAACACCAUACCUGAUCUGAUUGUAAGGUAUUAUGACUCCAUCACCGGUUUGGAGGUGCCGAAAGACCAGCCUUGGGCAUCUGAGGGGGAAAACAAAACUUCUCUGAUCAUCACCUUCUCUGAGCCCACGCGGAUAAACCAACUGGAGUUCACCACCACCUCUGGCAGAAAUGUGAGGGUUAAGAUUGGGGUAGCAUUUCAACUUCAUCUGGACCCCACCGUGGUGGAUACAUAUCUAUUUAAUGGACAGCCUCAGUCAUUAAACUCAGGGGAGAGACUUAAUAUACCGACUGAGCCAGAUGUGACCAACGUUUACUCUAUCCGGUUGAUAUUCCACACUACUGACUCCCAGUUAAUAAAAGUGUUUGGUUGCAAGGAGAGAGUUGCAACAACAACUGUAUCAACAACAAGUGGAUCUACAAGUGUCACAGAGGCUGAUUGCCACAUGAAGUGCAUAUGCGACCUGGAUUGCGAAGGAAAACUUGAUGACGACCAGUGUCCCUACGAGGUACCAGAGCAUUGCUAUGGCUGUGCUUGCCCAAAUGAUACACGACCUUGGGGUGCCUAUUGCAUUCGACCCCCUGAUCGAGAGAAGUGCAUGACAACAUCCCAAACCGAGACCACAACUGUGCUGAGGACUGCAACUGAAGUGACAACAGAAGAGAUUACACUCGCUCCAACAACUGAAGUGACAACAGAAGUGACAACAGAAGAGACUACACUCGCUCCAACAACUGAAGUGACAACAGCUGCUCCAACCACCAUAGAAGUGACAACACCUGCUACUGCAACUACUACACCAAUGGUCUGUGUUGAUGAUGUGGACAGCAUCGACGGGCUGCUUGUCAAACGAUACAGCUCCGAUGACCCAGAGACAGAAAUCCAACCAAUGGAACCAUGGCAGUCAGGAAUAAACAACCCAAAAUUCAUCAUGGAGUUCUCCAGAGCCACCCAGAUCACCCAACUGGAGAUAACCACAGCCACUGGACACCGGGUCCUGGUUAAGAUCGGAUUUUCCAAGAGCCCGGAUCGCCCUCCGGUGUUUGACCACUACAUGUAUGGUGGCAGUGUUGUUUCAUUAGACUCUGGUGAACGACUAACACUUCGGCCAGACCAGACUGAUGUUCACUUCCUCCAACUCGAAUUUUAUACGGAGGAGUUACAAACUGUCAAGACCUAUGGUUGCUUAAUACUAGGUACAACAACCGAAAUGCCAGGUGAAGAAUGCCCUCCGAAACACCGAUGCAACUGCACUGGUGACUGUGAGUGGAAUAAUGUGGACCCUACCUGUCCAUACCCACCACCAGAGAACUGCAUUAAUUCGUGUUGUGAGGAAAUCGAUCUAACUAUGUGCUUCCACAAUUGCUCAGCCGGUUACAUUCGAAGAGGGGACUAUUACUGUGUUAAGAGGCCAUUAACAUGUACAACCCCACAGCCAACGACUACUGCUUUAAUUACUCCCCCAGUAACUGCUCCCACCAUAACUACUCCCACGGUAACUACUCCUAUUGUAACUACUCCUGCCAUGACUACUCCUGCCAUAACAACUCCUGCCAUGACUACUCCAGUGGUAACUACUCCUUCCAUAACUACUCCUGCCAUAACUACUCCCACGGUAACUACUCCUGUUGUAACUACUCCUGCCAUAACUACUCCAGUGGUAACUACUCCUGCCAUAACUACUCCAGUGGUAACUACUCCUGCCAUAACUACUCCAGUGGUAACUACUCCUGCAGCAACUACACCUGCAGUAACUACUCCCAUCAUAACCACUCCUGUUGUCACUACUCCCGCCGUAACUACAGCAGGUACAACUGCCAGGCCAACCAUCCCAACAACCCCAAAAAUUUGUGAUGAGCGGUGCGUCUGCGACCUUGACUGCUUCGGCUUGGUGGAGGACUUGACUUGCCCAAACAGAGUGCCCGAGUACUGCCUGACUUGCACCGACUGUCCUGAGGGCACAUAUAAGAGCCAGACAAGAACAUUUUGCGUGCGGCCCAAACCGAUAGAGCUUUGUGUUACAACCCCCGAAGCCACAACCACACCCAGCCCUACAACUGUGGCACCGACUACCACGGCACCCACAACAGAAGUAACCACCGAAGUAGUAACUACUGCUGCACCAACAACAGAAGUCACAACCACUGCCAAGCCAACAACUGCUGAGGAAGUCACGACAAUCAGAACUACAACCCCUGAGGCAACUACAACGCAGAAAACCACAGUGCAAACCACAACAGAGGAAGCCACGACAACCGUCGUAACAACACAGGUCACAACAACUGAAGCGACAACAGCUGCGCCUACAACAACAGAGGCCACAACAAAAGUUGUGACAACCACCACACCUGAGGUGACUACAACUGAGCUGACGACAAGAGCUAUUACAACAACUGAAGUAACUACUACAGCCGCUCCAACAAUGACUGAGGCCACAACUACUCGCUUGACAACAACUGAGGCACCAACCACCUCAGAACAGCCCACGACAAAAGUACAGGAAACGACUACUGUUGUUGUGACGACACCUGAGGUAACAAAAACAGUGGAGACAACAACUGCUGCCACUACUGAGGUAGAAACCACCAGAGAAGUAACAUCAAUUACGACAACACGGGCUGCUACAACCGUUCCUUCAACAACAACCAAAGCAACAACAACUGAGGAAGCUACAACUUCAGUGGUUAUCACAACGACACUGGCAGCAACCACCACUGAGCAGACAACAACGUCCGUUAUAACAAGAGCUCCAACAACUACAGAAGCCCCAACAACAACCAAGAGAACAACAAUCAGACGGACAACUACUGAGGCACCUACAACUACUCUUCAACCAACGGCCACUGCUCAGCCAACAACCACUGAGGCACCUACAACCACUGCUCAGCCAACAACCACUGAGGCCCCUACAACCACAGCUCAGCCAACAACCACUGAGGCACCUACAACCAUUGCUCAGCCAACAACCACUGAGGUACCUAAAACCACUGCUCUGCCAACAACCACUGAAGCACCUACAGCCACUGCUCAGCCAACAACCACUGAGGCACCUACAACCACUGCUCAGCCAACAACCACUGAAGAAGUUACUACCAAAGUUGUUACCACCACUCCUGAGGAAAUCACAACAGAGACAACCACAAUGCAAGCCACCACUGUUGCCCCAACAACUGAGGAAGCAACAACUACAGUUGUCACAACCACUCGGACUACAAAAGCACCCACAACUCCUGCCGUACCUACAACAACUGAGGUUGUGACUACCACAGUUGUGCAGACAACUACACCAAAGGGAACAACCACAGAAGAAACAACUAUGGUGAGGAUCACCACACAGGCUACAACCACAGAAUUGCCAACCACGACUGAAAGGACAACUACUCGUGUAACGACAACUGCAGCACCCACCACCACUGCUCCACUGACAACCACUGAAGAGCUUACCACAGCAGUUGUGACCACCACACCUGAGGCAACCACAACGGAGACUGUCACAGUUCAAACAACCACUGUAGCUCCAACCACUAAGAAAGCAACAACUACAGUUGUCACAACUGCACAAACUACAACAGUGCCAACCUCAACAGCUGCCCCCACAACCACUGAGGUAGUUACUACCACUGUUGUACAAACCACCACUCCAGUGGCAACAACUACAGAGGAAACAACCACAAUGAGAACCACCACGGAGGCUACAACAACAGAAUUUCCAACAACUGAAAGAACAACUACUCGUCUAACAACUACCAAGGCACCUACCACAACUGCUCCGCCUACAACCACUGAAGAGGUUACCACAGUAGUUGUGACCACUACACCUGAGGCAACCACAACAGAGACAACCACAGUUCACACAACUACAGUGGCUCCGACGACUGAGGAGUCAACAACUAAAGUUGUCACAACUACACAAACUACGACAGCACCAACGACGACUGCAGCCCCCACAACCACUGAGAUUGUUACUACUACUGUUGUACAAACCACCACUCCAGUGGCAACAACUACGGAAGAAACAACCUCAGUGAGAACCACCACGGAGGCUACAACAACAGAAUUCCCAACAUCAACUGAAAGAACAACAACUCGCCUUACAACCACUGAGGCACCUACCACCACUACUCCACCUACAACCACCGAAGAGGUUACCACAGCAGUCGUGACCACCACACCUGAGGCAACCACAAUGGAGACAACCACAGUUCAGACUACCACCGUGGCUCCAACAACUAAGGAGUCAACAACUACAGUUGUCAUGACUACACAAACCACGACAGCACCAACCACAAGUGCUGCCCCUACAACCACUGAGGUUGCGACUACUACUGUUGUACACACCACCACUCCAGUGGCAACAACUACGGAAGAAACAACCACAGUGAGAACCACCACGGAGGCUACAACAACAGAAUUGCCAACAACUACUGAAAGAACAACAACUCGCCUAACAACCACUGAGGCACCUACCACCACUGCUCCACCUACAACCACCGAAGAGGUUACCACAAAAGUUGUGACCACCACACCUGAGGCAACCACAACGGAAACUACCACAGUUCAGACAACCACUGUGGCUCCAACAACUGAGGAAGCAGCAUCUACAAUUGUCACAACUAUACAAACUACGGAAGCACCAACCACCACUGCUGCACCCACAACCACUGAGGUAGUUACUACCACUGUUGUACAAACCACCACUCCAGUGGCAACAACUACGGAGGAAAUAACCACAGUGAGAACCACCACUCAGGCUACAACAACAGAAUUUCCAACAACAACUGAAAGAACAACUACUCGCUUUACAACCACUGAGGCACCUACAACCACCAUCCCACCAACAACCACUGGGGCACCAACAACUACUGCCCCACCAACAACCACUGAGGCACCUACAACCACUGCCCCUCCGACAACCACUGAGGCACCUACAACCACUGCCCCUCCGACAACCACCGAGGCACCUACAACCACUGCUCAGCCAACAACCACUAAGGCACCUACAACCAUUGCCCCACCAAAAACCACUGGGGCACCUACAACCACAGCCCAGCCAACAACCACUGAGGCACCUACAACCACUGCCCCACCAAAAACCACCAAGGCACCUGCAACCACUGCCGUACCAACAACCAGUGAGGAAGUCACAGCAACUGUUGUGACUACUACUCCAUCAGCUGUCACUACAGAAACAACUACUGUCCAAACAACCAGAGUUGCACCAACAACAGAAGAGACAACAACAACAACUGUCACAACGACGCAAACUACAACUGCACCAAGUGCUACUGCUACACCAACAAGUACUGAAGUUGUUACUACCUCUGUUGUGCAGACAACUACUCCAAAAGUGACAACCACAGAGGAAAGAACUACAGCAAGGAUAACCACAGAAGCCACAACAGAGGCCCGCACAACUACUGAACGGACAACAACACAUGUGACAACUACAGAGGCACGUACCACCACUACUCCACCUACGACCACUGAGGAGGUCACUACAAUAGUUGUGACUACCACUCCUUUAGAAACCACAACAGAAACAACCACAACACAAAGAACCACCGUUGCACCAACCACUGAGGAAGCGACAACAACGGCCAUCAUAACCACUCAGACCACAAGAGCCCCAACCACCACGGCUGCACCUACGACCACUGAGGUUGUAACGACUACAGUUGUGCAGACAACCACUCCAAAGUCAACAACCACGGAGGAGACAACUACAGCAAAGACCACCACCGAGGCUACAACAACAGAGUUCCCAACAACAACUGAGAGGACAACUACUCAUGUGACAACCACUGAGGCACCAACAACAACUGCCCCCCCUACAACCACUGAGGAAGUCACUGCAACAGUCGUGACCACUACACCUGAAGCAACCACAACCGAGACAACAGUAAUCCAGACAACUACUGUCCCACUAACCACGACACCAGAGGAAUGCGCAGACAAUCUGGACAGUUACGGUCCAGUAGAUGUCAAAAGAGUGACUUCGGAGAACCUGGAUGUCCCUCGUCCUCCUGAAUACUGGUGGAACCCGACCAACCCACCAACAGAUGAAUCCAACCCCUACGACGGUUCCUUCCUGUCCGCUGAAUUCACUCCAGUUGCCCAGGUGACCUCCCUUGUGGUAGUCAGCAAGGACGACACAGUUCAAGAGAUCAAAAUUGCCAUACUGGUCUCUCAUAAGCCAACCGGUUCACUGACCCCUCUCAGAAAUGGGGAGCAAGCACUGUUUGUCAGUAGCCCAGGAAGUAAAAUUCAUCUGCCUCCUGAUUUGCUGUAUGUCUCAACUAUGGUAGUCUUCAUUGUUAAUCCAAGCUCGUCCGCUGGCUUCCAAGUGGUUUUCAACGGCUGUGAAGCUGUUGUUCCAACAACGCCACCAGUUACCACAACAAGGGCAACCACAACUGUUGUAACGACGAUACCAACAACUCCCACACCGCCCACAACUGUGAGAACCACAUCAGUUGUCACUACCACUCCCACCACAACGACCACGGAGGAGACAACCACUGUUGUAACCACAACAGAGGAAACUACUACAGAAGCACCAACAACAACUGAGAGGACCACCACUCGAGUGACAACCACUGAGGCUCCCACAACCACGGCUCCACCAACAACCACCCAAGAAAUCACCACAACACUUGUGACCACUACACCGGUGGCAACCACCAUGGAGACAACCACCGUCCAAACAACAACCGCACCGUCUACUACAACCCCCGAGGAAUGUUCAGAAAAUCUUGACGAUUACCAGCCAGUGGAUGUCCAACGGAAAACAUCAGAUGGCUCACAAGUACAGCCAACAUACUGGUGGACCCCCACCAAUCCACCCAGGGAUCCUUGCUACAACAACCGAGGCUACUACAACGGCUGUCACAACUACAACAACUGCACCUCCUACAACCAUUGUUACUACAACUGUCAUUGUCACCUCCACUCCAAAGCUCCUCCAACAAAAACGGAGCAGACUACCUCUCGGAUAACAACAACUGAGGCACCAACAACCACUGCCAAACCAACAACCACAGAGGAAGUCACUACAACUGUUGUCACCACUACGCCUUUGGUAACCACAACAGAGACAACAACUGUCCAGAAAACCACAGGUGCGUCAACAACGACUGAGACAACAACUACUCGUGUGACAACCACUGAGGCACCUACAACAACUGCCCCACCUACAACCACCGAAGAAGUUACAAUGACAGUUGUCACCACCACUCCUGAGGCAACCACUGCAGAGACAACCCAAGUCCAAACCACUGCAGUACCUCGUACCACAACUGUGGAGGAAUGCGCCGAAAACCUCGACAGUUAUCCCCCAGUGGAUGUCCAAAGGGAAACCUCUCAAAAUCCAGGCGACUAUCUUCCUCCGUCAUACUGGUGGAAUCCCCCGUCUCCACCUAUACAUGAGAUGUAUCCGUACGACGGCUCCUACCUGACUGCCAUAUUUACGCCCAGGGCGCAAGUGACAUCAGUGAUUAUCAUCAGCGAUGCUGAAGCCAUGACGCAGGUGAAAUUUGCAGUGAAGGUCCAGUUUAGCCGAGGUGGCCAAUUCAGCGAGGUCCACAAUGGACAGGAGUACCUGUUUGUUGGCGAGCCUGGCACAAAGAUACAUCUACCUACCGACUUGUCUGACGACAGUCCAAACCACGACGAAAGAGGUGAUAAGCGAGGCGACAACACUGAGUCCAACGACAGUACCUUCACCGACAACCACAACACGAACAACAACUAUCCUUGCUACAACGCCAGAAACGACAACAACUGA